UUGAUAAAAAACCAAGUAGCAAAAAAGAUAAAUUGCGAGAAUAUAUUGAAAUGAAAAGCAAAGAAAAUAUUUUUGCUGAUUAUGACAAGGCCAUUAAGAAUAAAGAACGAGAAAAAGAAAUCGCCUUAUGGGAGCAAGCCGACGAGGAGGAUGAAGAAGAAUUAAGCAGAAAAAAUUAA